GCUCCACUCAUUCCUUUUUCUCUUUUCUCUGAAGGCACAAUUCUUAAUCUAACAUUCCAGAUCAUAAAAUAAAUUGCCUUUCCAACAACAUAACUAAUACAAUUGCUUACCAGAUUACAUCAUAUAAGAAAAUUCAGAACUAUGUAAGCAGUAUAUUAAAAACUUGAAAUAGGCCCAAUAAAAAUCUUUCUUUCUUUCUGGACCCCUUCACCAGGUCCAACAUUCUCCUGGGGCCACUCCCAACCCUCUAGACUGGCUUUUUUUGUAUUAUCUAUGCUAGCCCGUCAUAGUCUUUUACUGGUCUGAUAGCCUCGGGCUACAUCCAGAUUCCCAACCUCAAUGCCACUCCCAAUCUAGGCACGUGGUCGAAGGCGGCCUAGAGCCUGCCUAGAUGCGUUGUGUGGAAAGGUAAGAGACAGCAAGGAAAAGGCCUUAACCUCCCUCUGUCUCAGUCCACCCCUAACUAGGGCUGGGAGCAAAGGGGACAAAUUCCAAGAGGGAGGGAGGGAGGCAAGGAGGCAGAGAGGAAGGGAGGGGAGAAGAUAGGAAAGGACGAGGCAUGGGUGUCUUGACCCAUCCUUCCUGAAGAGGGGUGGAGCCCACUUCUGGCCAGAAACUUCUAAUCCUCUGGACUUUCUCGGUAAUCAACUUUCUUGAUACUAAAUUUUAGGCGUCAAGCUUAUUUUUAACAAUGGUUCUCAGUAAACAUAGAUGAGAGGAACAGAUCUCACAGGACAAGGGGCUGUAUAACAAGAAGAAGCCAGAGGGAACAGAAGGAAGGAAGGAAGGAAGAAGGAAGGAAGGAAAGAAAGGGAGAGAUUUUGCAUGUGGUCAUUGGCUUGGGAAAUAAUCCUGUAGGUCCGUGAAACAGAGAGGAAAGGGUAGGGACAAACAGACUGAAAGUUUAGGCUCCCCAAAAGAGAGGGGAGUGAAAGCCAGGUGCUGAGAGAGAGAAUGAGGAGAUGGGGGCUGGAUAGUUCUAACUGCUCUAUCUAGGGAGGGUCAACUGCUGGAAUGGUUAACCUGGGGCCAUCUGAGCAGCAGCCAAUCACAGUGCCUGGCAGGAAAUACCUGCUUGGGAGAUUCCCCAAGAACUCUACAGCCCAGCCCUGCCCUGGCCCAGGACUUCUUGUGGCCAGCUGCAGUGCAGUCCUCUUCUUUCUCCUCUUCCUGAGACCAAGAUCUACACCAGGAGGCUCCCACUCCCCGCUUCAACCAGGCCCCCAGAGAUCCAUAGUCCAGCCCCCAAGACCACACCUCCACCUCCAGGAAAUCUUUAGCAACCCCCCCCCCCCCCCAAACCUACCCUGAUCCUUGUCAAGAGUCUUCUGGAAACUUGAGUUAUGUGGAGUGUGGUCUGUCUCUGGCUGGGGGCAUGGCUGGGGAUAGCCCUGGGGACAACCCCAACACCUGCCAGCCUACUGACCGUGCUCACCUCCAACCAAAGUUCUAUGGACCAGAAUGCCAUGGGCUCCCUAUUAAAUAGACUGGCGGCCCGUGUGCACUGCCUAGAUGAGCCGUGUGGAAAGUGCAUGACCGUGGAGAAUGCCUUGACCCUGGCAGGGCAGGGUUGGAUUCUGAGUUCCCAGAAUGUUACCAAAUUCUGUGCCGGGAUCACUCUCUACCUCAGGGAUCCAGAGGGCACUUGUGCUGCUAUCCAGGUUGGCAGUUGGGGCUCCCAGGCAGAGAGCCUCCUGGCUUCCUUGGCCUCUGCUGGGGCCAAUUACCCCAACAUCCUAAACCAACUUCUUCAGCAGAUCCAAGGGCACUACCAAGGAGAGCCAGGCGAGAGUUGUGUGGACAUACACCAGAUUUUGGAGGAAGCAGCAGGAGCCCCAGGGACUGAAGGCCAAAGUCCAAGCCGGGCUCUGGCUGUCCUCCUGGACCACGCCCUAGCUGGGUCCUGCUUCCACGUCCUGCCCAGUCCCCAGUACUUUGUUGAUUUCGUCUUCCGACUUCAUGGCGAUGAGUCACAGAACCUCACUCUAUCUGAGUUGCAGGCUCUGAUGAGCCAGCUGCAUGUGGGGAAGGAGACUGAGGUCCAUCCCCAUGGCAGCAAUGAAGAGCACCAGCACCAGCACAGAGAGCACAGCCUGGAAGGGAGGGCUAGCCGCCAGACAAGGACUCCUCCAAAGGCCCACCUGGGGGACUCUGACAGCGUAUGGGACACGGUAUGCCUGAGUGCCUCUGAUGUCCUGGAGGUGUAUGGGAUAUCAGAAAAGGAAGGCGUGUCCCCACAUGCCUGGGCCCAGCUUAGCCCAGCCCUACUCCAGCAGCAGCUCAGUGGGGCCUGCCUAGUAGAUGUGCACUUCCCUGCCCAAGGGGACCUCAGUGUCACCGAAAAAUACCUAUAUAGCUCCCUAGCCACACUGAUCAUCUGCCUCGCCUCCCUCUUUGGCCUGGUGAUUGUGUUCUGCGCCUCCUGCAAAAAUGUCUCCCACUACGUCAUCCAAGCCUUCCUGGGCAUGGCCGUGGGUUCCCUCACUGGAGAUGCCGUGCUUCAUCUCAUCCCUAAGGUGCUAGGCCAACAUUCCCAUGGGGAGGAAAGCAGCGAGCAUGAGAGUCCUGAGUUUGUGUGGAGGCUCUUGGGUGCAUUGGGUGGCUUCUAUGCCUUAUUCCUCCUUGAGAACCUCUUCAACAUCCUGACGUCCCGGCCUUCAGAGGACAAAGAGGACAACAGCACCUGCAACCACAGCCAUGGAAUGUCCCUGCAGCUGGUGACGGAUGAACUGUCACACCAGAGGCAGCCACAGCAGCAGGAAGGCUCGAGGACAGACCUGGUAUCAGAUGGCAACCCAGAGCUUUCUGAUAAGGAUCACAAAAAACUGAACCGAGAGCUGCAGCUUCUCCCCUACAUGAUCACCCUUGGAGAUGCCAUUCACAAUUUUGCGGAUGGGUUGACUGUGGGCGCUGCCUUUACUGCUUCAUGGAAGACGGGUCUGGCCACCUCCCUGGCUGUUCUGUGCCAUGAGGUGCCCCAUGAACUCGGCGACUUUGGUGCCCUGCUCCAUGCAGGGCUGUCCGUGAGUCGUGCCCUGCUGCUGAACUUGGUGUCGAGCUUGACGGCCUUUGCUGGGCUCUACGUGGCUCUGGGGAUCGGGUCCAAUGAGCAAAGUGAGAUCUGGAUCCUCGCGGUCGCCAUUGGGCUCUUCCUCUAUGUGGCACUCUGUGACAUGCUGCCGUCGAUGAUGAACGAGAAGGACAAGAGGCCCUGGCUGCUCUUCUUCCUGCACAAUCUGGGGCUCCUCAGCGGCUGGGCCAUCCUGCUGGUACUGUCUUUGUACGAGGAGAACAUCACCUUCUGAUCCCUCGCUCGCUUCGUCGGCAGCCUGCCUGACACCUGACCCUUCACCGCCCACCCUCUACUCUCUACUACUCUCUGACUCUGAAUCAGACUCAGCAUAGCCCUCUGGCCUCUGGCCUCUGACCCCUUCUGUCACCUUGCACAGUGCACUAGAUACUUCUCUGGGAUGCUCUUUGAUGAUACCUGAAUUGAGGUGCCCCCAGGUUUCCUCUUCGCCCCCAUCACUCUCUGGAUCUUUCAGGAUCCACUCAUUAGAGCCUCAGAGAAAAUGUCUACAAAAUUCUUUCAGCACAUCCUAAAAUGCAUACAUAACUUCCCCCUGAAGGGCGAGGAGGGAUCUGUCCCCUGCCCCUCACUGCUUUCUAACCUCCAGUGACCUCGAGAUCCUACACAUCAGCUUUUUGUUCCUGGUCCUCAGCCCCUCAGGCCUCUGGGAAUUCCUGCUGCACCCUCUCUGCUAGACACAGGGGAGCAGGGAGAGCAGAAUAACCCAGGGCGAGUUCCAGAGGGGGCCCCUGCCUCCACUUCAUGUAACCCUUAUAAACCUGUUUUUUCCUUUUUUGGGCUGCUUUGGUCUCCUGCCCUUCAAUGGGAAGGAGGAGGGGGAGAAUGAAAGGAUGGAGGGAGCCCAGUGUGGAAGGGGGAGCAGGAUGGAGUGGUGGACAGACACACAAUGCCUGCACGGAGUGGGGGUGAUGGGGUAUGGGCCCAAGCCGAGACCUUUGCCCCUUGCCCCCACAAAGAAUCUGGCUCCCAUUUGUCUACAGGCCCCUGAAAACCCUUAAACUUUUCUUACUCAUAACUGUCUCAAACAGUUCCUUAUCCACUGCCUUAUCUCCCUUUGAAUGCCCUAGCCCCACCUUUUGGUUUUAUUCAGAUGCCUUUCAAACUUCUUCCUUCCAUUCCUUCCCUUCAUUAUCUAUUCCCAUCAUCUAUUCAAUCUCUCAAGAUGUUCCAAAUUGGAGUUCUCACCUGGUCACCCAAAAUUACUUGAGUGUAUAUAAGAUCCACUCUGGCCCCCAUUUAAACACUUGAGACUUUCUCAUGCCCCCUCGUCCUUAUGGGCAUUACUAACGUUCAGAUUCCUUAAGAGUCUGGCCUGUGUGAUUUUAAUAAACUUUUUC